ACUACAAUUCUACAUUAAUAUGUUUGAUACGCCCCCGAACUGGGGGAAGGCAAGCGAUGGCAAGCGAUUCGUGUCGCUGCAGUGUAAACGCACAGUUAUUCUUCUUGUUGUUUGAGGAAUAACGUGGUCCCGGCAGAGAAUGUCUAAUAUAGAAAUAUACAAAGCUUGCUACAUAAAGUACCUGUUUUGUUUGACGCCUGCUCAUGCAUUUCAGAUAUAAAUUGAGAUUUGCGCGGUUGUAUAUUUCUAAAUGCCGUGGAAACGCUUUUGGCCGGGUUUCCCAGAUCCUUUAAGAAGAACUAGCGUUAAAGCGUCGAAAACAAGGGGAGGAGACAAUACUGAGCGGGUAUCAUGGUGGUGCCGGAUAGUGCAGGAGUACUCCAGCCGCAGGCAGACCAUGGCAGCAGCACCAGCGGGCUGAUUAAGAACUCUGCGCCGGGAUAUGAAGAGGAGGACCAGGAGCUUGCAGGGGUGGAGCUGGAGGAGGUACGCAAGUUGCAGGAGCUUGUACGAAGACUGGAGGUCCAAAACCAAAGUCUCCGCAACAGGGGCAAAAACAUCCACCAUGGUGGAGCUACAAACAGCAACCACCCUGUAGGCAGCAACAUCAACAAACAUCUCUCCUGUGAUGAGGUGACAAAUGCACCCCUGAGUUUGGUGGACAGAGUUGAGGAACUGAGUAGCCGUGACUUUGAGCUGUCUCCCCCGCUAGACAGUAACAGCUGCAAGGAUAUGUCUCCUCUGCCUCAGACUAACAGGCUAGAGGAGGAUGACGGCGAGGAUGAGGAUGGGAGUGCGUGCGAGGGCUUCCUAACCCUGCCCUGCUGUAAUGGAGGUCAAGGACAGGGGCAGAUUCUGGAGCAGGGAUGCCUAACCCCAGACAGCCCUUCUCUGGAUAGCUAUGAGUCAGAGACCAUGGCGGAGAGUGACUCAGGAGUGGACCAGUCUGCUCUGGAUGAAGUGGAUGUUCUGGACCUAGAAGAGGAGGGGGUGGAGGUUGAGGAUGAAGACAGCUGGUUAUACGUGUCUCCUAAAAAGCAAAUAGCGAAGCCUGGUCCAGAGUCUCCUCUCAAGUGGUGCCGAAAGGUUCUGGAUCACCCCAGCCCAGAAACAGAAGUGGCCUGCAGAACCCUGAUUAACCGUUUGGAUCAGACUUCUAGGUGGAAGAACAUUUACAGUAGUCCGUCGACCUCGGUGGAGGCUGGCUGCUCGUCCUCAGGCUUGCUGUCUCCUGGGUACCAUAAAUCCACUAACAAACCUCUACUAACGUGUGGCAGCUCAGGAUACAUGAGCAUUCAUUCGGCCCUGAGCUCCCAGUCCUCUAUAGACAGUGAGCUAAGCACCUCAGAUGACUCCAUAUCCAUGGGCUACAAGCUGCAGGACCUCACAGACGUCCAGAUCAUGGCCCGUCUGCAGGAAGACAGCCUGCGCCAGGACUAUGCCUCCAGCUCGGCCUCUGUGUCUCGCCGCAGCUCUUCCGCCUCCCUUCAGUCACUGCGUAGGGGUGGGACCUACAGCGACCAAGAAUUUGACAGCUACAGCCUAGAGGACGAGGAGGAUGCAUGUUGCUCCCUGCCCCAGCGUCGGCCCCGCUAUAGCCCAUCUCCUCUGGGCUCUCCCCGCUGCCUGUCCCCCUCUACACAGGGGCAGGGGGAAUACCACCAGAGCCGGCUUGGGGCCACCAGAACAAGGGCUCCUCGGCGCUCACUACAGGGACCCAGUCCAGAGUUGCUCAAGUUCGCCAAGAGUGAGGAGGAAUUGAGGCACAGCAUGCCUAACCUUGCCCCCCGUACCAGUCUGCGUACCCUGGAGGCAGUCAGGAACAGCCGUAGCAUGGAGGCUAACCUUCAAAGCUCCGGUGGCCGCAUGUCCCGCCUUACCCACUCCUCCCCUUCCUCAGGUGUUAACUCCAGCAGGCUACGCAGCAGUGGCCAGUCCCCUCUCUCCCUCAGGGCCCCAGUCAAGGCCAUAGGCCCUGUGAGCUCCAUGACAGGGGUGCGACAGCCCUCCAGGGGCCUGCCCGUGGUGCAGAAUGCUGGCCCUACUGGAGGAGUGCGGAGGGUGCAGUCUCCAGGCCAAAGUAACAGUGGAGCCUACCCAAGUGGAAGAGCCAUGCCUGAGGCAGGUAGGCCGACAACAGCCCGGGGACAAGUUGGAACUACACCAACCCCCGGGGGAAGAGUCUCACAGACACCCAGGUCUUUGGGAAUAUCCAGUCGUGGGCCUAUGCUAGACGAGUCAUGGAAAGAGGGCUGUUACUGAGUCCUAAAAGUGAUGACGCACAUCUCAGAUAUUCCUCUGUACCUCACCUAGCCUGAGCAACAAUCACCAAUGUACUGUAACUGGGAUGCCAGAACACUCCCCCGCAGACAAGCUACAACACUGGAACUGUACUGCUCACCCAUCAGUGGCCAGCAGCAGACUCCUCUCACUGACACACACACACUGCAACUUUUCGUACAGAAUUUUAGUUUCCAAAGGAAGUUUUUGUGUUUUUAAACAAGUUUAUUUCCAGUACAUUGUGUAUUCUUUCAAUGGGAGAUUGCUGGAAUUUGCCUGUAAGAGUUGUCAUUUGUUGCUGUUGUCUUGUAGUUGUACCUGGAAUUAAGAUAUGGGAUAAAGUGUCUUGUAACUUGAAGUAGAAAAAACCGCACUCUCAAGCUUGCUCGUUGCUUCUUUUGACCAGUUUAUUAAGA